GCUUAGAGAAGAAAAUUGUCCCUUCAUUUAACUUCCUUCGCAAUCUGUUUAAAUCGGAUAAUGACGCCCUUGAUUUUGUAAUUGCACGGCCCCGUUUUCUUAAAUAUGAUGUUGAUUCUUACAUCUUGCCUAAUUGCAAUGUUUUGAGGCAAAAUGGAGUGCCUGAACUUAACAUAACUAAAGGGUUUCGUUGGAUUCCUUUUCCACUCUGUGUUGCUCCGGUUUUGUUCAAAGAAUAUGUAGAGAAAGUAAAGAAAAUGGGGUUCUAUCCUGAGAGGUUUAAUUUUGUUUUAGCUGUCUGUGUAUUAGGUUCGAUGAGCAAAUCCACUUGGGAGAGAGAGUUUGAUGUUUAUAAAAAGUGCGGUUGGUCUGAGAAAGAGAUUUUAGAAGCUUUCAGGAGAAAUCCCUCGGUAAUGGCUACUUCUGAGGAUAAAAUUAAAGCAGUGAUGGAUUUCCUUGUAAAUGUAAUGGGGUUACAGGCUUCACUUGUUGCUAAACAACCGAAUUUGCUAGGAUUGAGCAUGGAGAAGAGAAUUGUUCCAAGGGGUUUGUUUGUUAAAGACCUUGUGUCAAAGGGCUUGUUUGAAAAAGCAUUGUUGUUGAGGAUGUUUGAUAUUCCGGAUGAGUUGUUCUUUAAGACAUUUGUCUAUUGUUAUGAAGAAGAAAAAGCUUCUGAGCUGCCAAAACUCUAUAAUGAAAAACUGAACCUUACUGCAGGGGGAAAGCUUAAGACAGAUAAAUUUAAGAAGAUAUGUUGAAAUAUUUU